ACAUCAAGUCAUCGAGUGGACUAGCCUUUACUGUGCAAACAGCGUAUAUCCCGCCCAUGCGGGACACUCUGUACAGAGAACCAAGCAUUUGGGCGGAGGCGGAGUUAACACUACUCAACCAAUCACAGCAGCAUCUCUGGAGCGCCCACCAAAACAGUUUGCUUUCAAAUUCAAACCGCCCGGAUACGUAGGAUUGGGAACAUCUUUGUUUCUGAAGUCAACUUUAGUCAGAACAUGUCCCGCUUGCCAGUCAUUUCACACAAGAGGGUCCUCGCGACCAGCUCCAACAGCUCCGAGAAUGACCAAGACCUUGCACCGGCUCAGAAAAAGACUCGCAAGGACCCAGAGCCUGUCAAACCUUAUGCAGCAUCUACCAUCAUCGGUACCAGGCGGGCUCCAGUUGCACCAACCAAAGCACCUAUUUCUCGGCCAUUCAGACCAACGGGAGCUGCCACUGUGGCUGCCGCUCCUUCCAGAGGGGUCCUGAAACAAUCUAUUGCUUCAACCGCACCAAGGGGAGGCAACAUUAAAGCAGCUGCUGCACCCACUGGCACAAAAGCAGUCACAGGCGGGGCCGCGGGCACAAAGCGUCAAGCAUGGGACCUGAAGGGCAAGGUCACCGAUAUGGAGAGUAAGCUACGUAACUACCAGACCAAGGUCAAAUCUGUCAACCAGGAGAAUGAGGAUUUGAAAAGCACGACGGUCAAAAGCCAAACAAGAGUGACUGAUUUGGAGAAAAGUGUGGCGGUGCAGAGGAGCCAGAUCAGUGAGUAUGAGCAGGAGUUGCAGGCGUUGUCAGGAGUCCGGGAGGAGUUGGAUAAAGUUUCCAGUGAGAAGAGUUCUCUUGAAAAGCAGCACUCCAACUUAGAGGGCAAAUACAAGGUCAUGGAGACUCUCCGGGACAGCCUGGAGACUCUCCGGGACAGCCAGGAGACAGAGCUGCAAACUCUCACGAUGAAGCUUUCCAUGCAGGAGUCGACUCUGUCCCGCCUGCAGCUGACCCUCAGAGACGCAGAGGAAGAGGUCCGUUCUCUGGGGGACACCAUGGUCCAGCAGAAAGACGAGCUUCAUGCUGGGGAGAUGGAGCGCAGACAGCUCCACAACGCCAUCCAGGAGCUCAAGGGUAAUAUCAGGGUCUUUUGCCGAGUGCGCCCCCUGACGGGCGGAGGCCUCAGCCAGCACCUUCAGCUGCCAGCCACUGACAACAAGACCAUAACUCUGGCUAAAACUGAGGAGUCUCACACAGGCAAAACUGCUGACACUCAGAAAAAUUACAACUUCAAUUUUGACAGGGUGUUUGGACCCCAGGCUUCACAAAAGGAGGUCUUUGACGAGAUCUCUCUGCUGGUGCAGUCUGCGUUAGAUGGCUACAACGUCUGCUGCUUCGCUUAUGGCCAGACAGGAAGUGGAAAGACGUUCACCAUGGAGGGAGCCGAGUAUGAUGAGGCCAGAGGCGUCAUUCCCAGAGCCGUGACACAAAUCUUCAGAGCAGCAGAGAAACUCGGAGCACAAGGCUGGGAGUUCACCUUUACAGCGAGUUUUGUCGAAAUUUACAAUGAGACCCUCCGAGACCUCCUCUACACCGGCAAAGCCAGCAAGAGGCCCGAGCACGAAAUACGGAAGUCCGUAAACAACGAGGUGAUAAUCACCAGCCUGACGUAUGAGAAGGUCACCAACGAGGAUCAGGUUCUCGGUCUGAUCAUGUUGGCCAAUUGCAACCGCUCCACAGCCCAGACGGCCCAAAAUGACCGCUCGUCUCGCUCCCAUUCAGUCUUCCAGCUGGAUAUCGAGGGAGCCAAUGUUGGCAGGGACGUCAAAUGCAAGUCCACUCUGUGUCUGGUGGACUUGGCUGGCAGUGAGCGCUUGCUGAAGAGCCAGUCUCAGGGCGAGCGCUUCAAAGAGAUGACGGCCAUCAACAGCUCCCUGUCCAACCUGGGCAUCGUCAUCACGGCUCUGGCCAACAAGGACAUUCACGUUCCAUUCAGGAACUCCAAGCUGACGUACCUCCUGCAGGGCUGCUUGGGAGGGAACAGCAAAACCCUGAUGUUUGUGAACAUCGCCCCAGAGCUGGACAGCUUUGGGGAAACGCUCAACUCCCUGAGGUUUGCCAGCAAGGUGAACGACUGUGUCAUUGGAACGGCAAGUGCCAACAGAAAAUAGAGCAAAACGCUUUUUAAAAACAAGCUCUUGUCUUAUUUUAACCAUUAUGUUCCCAGAAGGAAAUGUUUAUAAUUGUUUUCUCUGCUUGACUUACACAUUGUGCUGCUGGGCACACACUAUAAUCGCCAUCAGUACAAACCAAAUCUAGAAUCCUUCUGUAUAUUCUCAGGGCUUUCUUUAGAGGUGCUCGAAGCAACCUUUUAAACAUUUCUAUAGUCCCAUGUAAAUUAAGUGGAUGUUUUUAAAAUGGUGUUUUUGAUUUUCUUUUAAACAAGGGUUCUUAGGAUCUCCAGUUGAGAUAUGUACCUUCAUGGACUUAAAUAACCUAUAUUAUUUUUUUCCUGUUUAUAUGUGGAGCUUCUCUUAUAACUUGCAAACAUAAAAGUUUAUUUUGUCAAACCAAUACUGUCAUUUUUGGUGACAUUGUGGAUUUCUAUCUCUCACAUGAUCUAAUAAAGACACUUAGUAGACGGGC